AUGUCACUGCAGAUGAUAACAGUCAGUAAUAAUAUAGCCUUAAUUCAACCAGGCUUCUCACUGAUGAAUUUUGAUGGACAAGUUUUCUUCUUUGGCCAGAAAGGCUGGCCCAAGAGAUCCUGCCCAACUGGUGUUUUCCAUUUUGAUGUAAAGCAUAAUCAUCUCAAACUGAAGCCUGCAAUUUUCUCUAAGGAUUCCUGCUACCUUCCUCCUCUUCGAUACCCAGCCACUUGCAUAUUCAAAGGAAGCUCAGAGUCUGAAAAACAAUAUAUCAUUCAUGGAGGCAAAACGCCAAACAAUGAGCUUUCAGAUAAGAUUUAUUUCAUGUCUGUUGUUUGCAAGAACAACAAAAAAGUUACUUUCCGCUGCACAGAGAAAGACUUGGUAGGAGAUGUUCCUGAAGCCAGAUAUGGUCAUUCCAUUGAUGUGGUAUAUAGUCGAGGAAAAUGCAUGGGUGUCCUUUUUGGAGGACGCUCAUACAUGCCUUCCAACCAAAGAACCACAGAAAAAUGGAAUAGUGUAACUGACUGCCUGCCCCAUGUUUACUUGGUGGACUUUGAAUAUGGAUGUGCUACAUCAUACAUUCUUCCAGAACUUCAGGAUGGGCUGUCUUUCCAUGUCUCUAUUGCCAGAAAUGAUACCAUUUAUAUUUUAGGAGGACAUUCUCUUGCCAAUAACAUCCGCCCUGCCAACCUAUACAGAAUUAGGGUUGAUCUUCCCUUAGGUAGCCCAGCUGUGAAUUGCACAGUCUUGCCAGGAGGAAUCUCUGUCUCCAGUGCAAUUCUGACUCAAAUUAACAAUGAUGAAUUCAUUAUUGUUGGUGGCUAUCAGUUUGAAAAUCAAAAGAGAAUGGUCUGCAACAUUAUCUCUUUAGAGAAUGGAAAGAUAGAGAUUCAUGAGAUGGAGACCCCAGAUUGGACCCCAGACAUUAAGCACAGCAAGAUAUGGUUUGGAAGUAACAUGGGAAAUGGAACAGUUUUCCUUGGCAUACCAGGAGACAAUAAACAGGCUGUUUCCGAUACCUUCUAUUUUUAUAUGUUAAGAUGCUCUGAAGAUGAUGUAAAUGAAGAUCAGAAAACAUUCACAAACAGUCAGACAUCAACAGAAGAUCCAGGAGAUUCCACUCCCUUUGAAGAUUCAGAAGAAUUUUGUUUCAGUGCAGAAGCAAAUAGCUUUGAUGGUGAUGAUGAAUUUGACACCUAUAAUGAAGAUGAUGAGGAAGAUGAGUCUGUGACAGGCUACUGGAUAACAUGCUGUGCUACUUGUGAUGUGGAUAUCAACACGUGGGUACCAUUUUAUUCAACUGAGCUCAACAAACCCGCCAUGAUCUACUGUUCUCAUGGAGAAGGUCACUGGGUUCAUGCCCAGUGCAUGGAUCUGGCAGAACGUACACUCAUCCAUUUGUCAGAAGGAAGCAGUAAGUAUUACUGCAACGAGCAUGUGGAGAUUGCAAGAGCUCUACAAACUCCCAGAAGAGUUCUGCCCUUACAAAAGCCUCCAAUGAAAUCUCUCCGCAAAAAGGGCUCUGGGAAAGUUUUGACUCCUGCCAAGAAAUCCUUUCUUAGAAGGUUAUUUGAUUAG